CAAAGAAGAAGAAUUUCCCUCCAAAAUAUUAGUUUAUUUUGCCAACAUCGAUCUCAAGGAUUGUUUACGAGGUUAUGACCACCAUUCUAGAUAACUUUCAACGCGCCGAAAAGAUUGGCGAGGGCACCUACGGUAUAGUUUACAAAGCGCGUAGCAACUCCACCGGCCAGGAUGUGGCCCUCAAAAAGAUUCGGCUAGAAGGCGAAACGGAGGGUGUUCCUUCGACGGCCAUUCGAGAGAUCUCCCUGCUGAAGAACCUUAAGCACCCAAAUGUGGUCCAACUAUUUGACGUAGUCAUUUCCGGCAACAAUCUGUACAUGAUAUUCGAGUACCUGAACAUGGAUCUAAAGAAGCUGAUGGAUAAGAAAAAAGACGUGUUCACCCCUCAGUUGAUAAAGAGCUAUAUGCAUCAGAUAUUAGAUGCCGUCGGCUUUUGCCACACGAAUCGUAUCCUGCAUCGCGAUCUCAAGCCCCAGAACCUUCUCGUAGACACGGCGGGCAAAAUAAAGUUGGCUGACUUUGGCCUAGCAAGGGCCUUCAACGUGCCUAUGCGGGCGUACACACACGAAGUCGUCACCCUCUGGUACCGAGCUCCAGAGAUUCUGUUGGGCACGAAAUUCUACUCCACGGGCGUGGACAUCUGGAGUCUAGGCUGCAUUUUCUCUGAAAUGAUUAUGCGCCGCUCCUUGUUUCCUGGAGACAGCGAGAUCGAUCAACUUUAUAGGAUUUUCCGUACCUUAAGCACACCUGAUGAAACAAAUUGGCCUGGUGUGACGCAGCUGCCAGACUUUAAGACCAAGUUCCCUAGAUGGGAGGGAACUAACAUGCCACAACCCAUAACCGAACACGAGGCGCACGAACUCAUAAUGUCAAUGCUGUGCUAUGAUCCCAACCUGCGCAUCUCAGCCAAGGACGCACUGCAGCACGCUUACUUCCGCAAUGUGCAGCAUGUUGACCAUGUAGCCCUGCCUGUAGAUCCCAAUGCCGGCAGCGCUUCGCGUCUAACGCGGCUCGUCUGAUCGUGUCCAAUAGCCCCAGAUCUAGCAAAUUACUUGUGUUUUCUAGUAUACUGCCACCUCAUUAUCAUGCAUUCCCCAUCCUAACUCGCACGUAACAUACGAUAAAUACACGAUCAUCCAUAAGUAAAGAGUUUAUAGUUUAUAGCUUAGCAUGGAUUACCAGGAGCUCAGCCGGGCAAGGUGUCGUUGAUGAUGGCGUGGCGAAACUUUGGCGGCGGAAUCGUUAGCCCCUGCUGCAUCGCUAGCGAGUCUCUGGCGCUGGCGGGUGUGGCUAUCGUCGCGCAUAUACGUGCCAAGAGUAUUGCGCAUGCUCUCGGAGAGCGGUGAAUGGGCUUCGACAUCACCAUCGUCGUCAUCGCUAGUCGGUGCAUCGCUCGGUGCGCUGCUGUCUGUUUCCUCUGCUGCAUCUUCAUUCUCAAUGGGAUGCUCCGGUUUGCUGACUUCUAAUAGCUUCGUCAAUGAUUGGCCCUUGGCCGACAAUAGGGGCAGUGGUCGAAGUAGGGUCACCUUUCUGGUUCCGAGUCUUCUCAUUACGGGCGCCUCUUCCUCAUGCUCGCCUUCCACAUCCUCUGCCUCCCUAGGCGGCGGAAUAAAAAGCUGCCGUAAAAAUUAGAUUGGAAAUCCUGAGGACUGAAGCGCUGUACUCCGUAGUAGCUACCGGAAUUGGUGUCGUAGAAGAACAUCGGCUCGGCGGACCGCGGCGGAGAAGGUGGCACAAAGUAGGGAUCGUAAGGGCUGUAGGCAUCAUCGUUCUCCGCCGAGUCGUAGCUCGGUCGGCGCUUUUGUUGCUUGCGGCGCUUUCGCUUGCGUUUUUUGGUAGCCUGUGAGGCCACUUGAGCUGGUUCCUCAAGCUGCAGCUCCUGAUCUUCAUCGUAGGACUGCAGAUAAACCGGCGACGUCUCGAUGAUGUUCGUACUGCCAUCGUUAAAGAAGUUGGCCAACGGAUUGGUCAGGUUACGGAAACUGAAAGCGGGCUGAACACUGCGGACGAAGCUAUUCCAAACACGAACCAACGGGCGUUCAGUUGUUGUAGGAGCUGCUUUUCCCAGACUAUGAAUAUAGCGCCUUCUGUAUCCACCACGAGCACUCGGCAACAGGACAUACUCGAUGGGAUAGUUUCUGGAGCUAGAAUAAAAAUUUCGUUCAAAGUUUAACUUUAAAAUGUCAUAGUUAUACUUUUUUCAACUCAAAUAUAAUUGUUUUAU